AUGAAACUAUUCCUGGUAGUCGUCGGUCUCUCAGUGGCAGUCGCCGCUCCUCAGUAUGAGCCCAUAAUCACGGACUACCACAAUGUGAUUGGUAUUCCUGAAGCUGCCCGCAUCAAAGCGGCAGAGGCUGCCCUGGACUUCGACGGCGCCAGGAUCGUAGGUGGUUCUACAUCCAACCUAGGCCAGCACCCUCAUAUGGGUGGGUUGGUGAUCUCUCUUACCUCUGGAGCAACUUCCGUCUGCGGGUCCUCCCUGAUCAGCAACAACAGGAUAGCUACCGCUGCUCACUGCUGGCGCACGCCUGUAUCCCAGGCUAAUCGCUUCACCGUCGUUCUUGGCUCCAUCCGCCUCUUCUCUGGCGGUACCCGCAUCAACACCAACAGUGUGACUAUGCAUGGAAGCUACAACAUGAACACCCUUGUGAACGAUGUCGCUAUUGCCACCAUUUCAUGGGUGAACUUCAACAACAACAUCAGAGCUAUCGCGCUAGCUUCUGGCAGCAACCAAUACGUCGGUGUUACCGCUACUGCUGCAGGCUUUGGCAGAACUGGUGACUCCGCUUCUGGAGACAUCACCAACAACCAGCCCUUGAGACACGUUAACUUGCCCGUAAUCAGCAAUGCUGAAUGCGCUCGUGUUUUUGGAUCAACCACAGUCAUCGCCUCUACACUCUGUGUCUCCGGUGCCAACGGUCGCAGCAUUUGCACUGGAGACUCUGGUGGCCCCCUCACCAUCAACAACAAUGGCCUUCUGGUGAUUGGUAUCACCUCCUUUGGACCCCAAGGCUGCCAACGAGGAUUACCGGCUGGUUUCGCAAGAGUUACAUCAUUCCAGUCCUGGUUCCGUGCCCGCAUGUAA